UUUUCUAACAAACCGGCUUCAUUUGUAAAUAACAAAUUUCGGGUGGUUUGUAUGUAAUUCUCACCUUCCACGAUUGAACCCCACAUGAACGUCGAGUAUUUCCGCCUGGCACUUCUUACCUUUCCCUGUUCUUCUUCUUCCUCUGCUAAGCUUUUCUCUCCCACCCUAUCGUGCUCGUCCAACGAAGCUCUUAAAGAAUUUUCAGAUUGCAGCGGAAUCGGUUCUCAAAUGGUGUCUUCCGCAAGCCAUGGAGUGACAGACGGGCGCCGGUUAGAGCUAGCCAGCGACGGGGAGAUAAGACCCAAACGCUCCCUUGUGAGACCGUCACGUUUUCACGACUUUUUUUUUCCGACGAUGAACUGGAGCGGUUAACCGUUUCUACGUUGUGUGAACCCAAUCUCGAGGGGCGGUGGUUCGGGUGAUCGAUCGACUCAUCCGGAUACCCAAAUAGAGCCCCGAGGAGAGAGGAAAGCUUAUUAUUCUCCUGUUACUGCUCUUCCCAUGUCGUCUCAUGCUGGAGGAAAGAAGGAAAAGGAGGUGGAGCAGGACAAUGCUCCUUCUACCGCUGCAGAAGAGGCUGUUGCUGCAUCGGUGGCUUGUCCAUGGAAUUCGAGGAAAAGAAGAGCUGCGUGUCAAGCUCCAUUGGAGAACGAAAGGAAUAAGUACAAUUGCUCAUCACAUUCUAUUCCGCCAUUGGGUAAAUCCGUUAUGCGAAGUUCCGCGGUCGGCGAAAAUGGCUGGCGGAAGAAGUUUUCUAUUUCGUUAUCUCGAGCGGAGAUCGAGGAGGACUUUUUGGUGUUCAAGGGGACGAAGCCCAGUCGAAGACCUAAAAAGAGACCCAAGGUCAUCCAGAGACAACUCGAUGACUUAUUUCCUGGCGUAUGGCUGUCGGAGAUUAAUGCAAACAUGUAUAAAGUAGAUUAAUGAGUUGAUUCUUUAUUUUUCUUUUUCAUAGUUC